AUGAUCAACUGGCAAGAGUCUGCGACCGUCGAAAUUCAAGGAUACAGCGAGGGAAUGAACAUCGCAGACUGGCUCGUCCGCUCCGAAGACUCCAGGUCAAGGACGAUGGAAGUAGGGAACAUGCGCUAUCGAUGGAUGCCGAUUGGUGACCACCUCUGUCUGACAAUGCACCUUACGCCCACGGCAGACAGUAGCUCUACGCUCUGCAUCUUGUGUCGCGUUACUAAAUCUCGGACGGAAAUCACACUGGAGCUGUCUCGAGAGGCUAUGGUCAUCGGCCUCGAGAUACCUGCAGUUGUCGCUACGGUCAUAUUGAUGAGCGGGAAGAACAUCGACUAA